UUUGACAAAAGAAAAAGGGUUAGAUGAGUGAGUGUUGCUUAUGGUAUACACUUGUGAAAAUUGGCGAUGUACAUUAUUGAGAUAAAAAUAAAGUAGAAAUAUAGAAUAAAAAAAUCGAAGAUCACUCACUAUGUUGCAUAAAUCAAGAGACUCAAGAUCAAAAUCAAAAUCAAAAUCAAGAUCAAUUUUAAGAAGAUUAUGUUCGCGUAAUGUGAUGAUUCUAUGUCUUUUCUUUUUAGCUAUAUUGCCUCCAAUCUUCUUCCAUUUUCGUCUCCGUCGGUUGCAUCAGAUUCAACUCCGAAGAUGCGGUUGGAUUAGCAAUCCUCCUCUUGUAUGUGCUCACGGCGGCGAUUCGUCCAACGCAUCCGCUAACACCAUCGCUGCAUAUCUCUCUGCUCUUCACUCUCGAGUUGACUGUAUCGAGAUUGAUGUUUCUCGUUCUUCAGACGGAGUUUUGUUCGCUCUUCAUGAUAGGCAGGGAUUUGCAGCGGUUGUCUGGAAACACUAGUUCUAGAGUUGGUGACAUGAGCUCAAAACAGAUAAGGGAGCUUAGUGCUUCACAACAAUCUAUUGAGAAGAUUAAUGAUGAAAGUAUACCCACAAUUCAAGAGGCUCUUAUGUUGACUGCAAGUUUGGUAAGACAGAUAAUUCUAGAUGUUAAAGUUGGACCCCCGUUGUAUGAGAAAGGGCUUGCCAAAGAUGUUCUCUCUAUUGUGGAGCAGACAGAGUGCGGAAACUGCAUUAUAUGGGCUAAAAGUGAUAAUUUAGUAAGGGAUGUCGUUAAAUUCUCAUCAGAAAUUGCAGUUGGCUAUAUAGUAAUGAGGGAACCUUCUACAGGGGCUAGAACAAAAUUGUUGAGGAUGAAAGGUGCUGAGGUUGUUGGUGUCUACCACCCAUUGAUUGAUGAAAAGCUUAUGAGAGUUUUGCACAGGAGGAGAAAAAAGGUGUAUGCUUGGACUGUUGAAGAUCAAGAAUCCAUGCAAAAGCUGUUGUUUGAGCAUGUUGAUGCUAUUGUUACGAGUAACCCAACUUUACUUCAACGCCUAAUGCUGGAUAUCAAAACACAAUGUCUCGAAGAAGGUUAUUCAUUACCACGCUAACAUUUGUUUCAACAACAUAUAUAUAUACCUGUUGUUUCAAACAUCCCUUGUACCAUAUUCUGAUGAGCAGAAAACAUAAUCUUAUGUGUAAUCUUCAUUAUUCUCUUCUUUAUUAGUAGUACUUCAUUUGGAUUCAUUUAUAAUCAAAAUACAUAUUUUAAUAUUUAUGAAAGAUGAUAGUUAAGUGCA